AAGCACUAAUAACAUAAUGAAACUACACAAGAAAAACCAUGUAUCUAUCAUACAAAAUCAUUUUCUUAUUAUUUCUAUGCAUUUCAAGUGCAAAAUCACAAGACCCUUUAGGGGAAUUUUGCAAUAAAAACACAAACAUUAGCAUUGGAGGAAAAUUGUCAACAAACAUUGAUAAACUAUUAGCUGAAUUAGCCCUUAAAACCCCUUCCACUAGUUUCAUUGCUACAUCAUAUGGUAAAGACCAAGAAAAAGUUUAUGGCUUAGCUCAAUGCAGGGGAGAUAUUAACACACAAGAUUGCUCCAAUUGUAUUCAAGAUGCAACAAGACAAAUCAGACAAAGAUGUCCAAACCAAGCUGAUGCAAGAAUUUGGUAUGAUUAUUGUUUUCUAAGGUAUAGUAACAAGAGUUUCAUUGCUGAUGUUGAUACAUCUUUUGGUAUAUUUUAUUUCAAUGUUGAAAAUGUAACUGACCCUGAAGAUUUUAACAAAAAACUUGGAGCUUUAAUGGAUCAAAUUAGAGGAGAAGCUGUUAUGCAUAAAGAGAAAGGGAUUGGAAAAGGAAAAUCUAUGUUGUCACCAUUUGUGACACUUUAUGCUUUGGUUCAAUGUACUAGGGACUUGUCUGAGAUAAAUUGUGCUCAGUGUUUGGCUAUUGCAGUGAACAAUUUUUCAACUUUUUGCAAUAAUCGUAAAGGGUGUAGAGUUUUAUAUAGUUCUUGUUAUGUUAGAUAUGAACUCUACCCUUUUUUCUUCCCUCUUGAUCCAACCAAAACAAAACCUUCUAAUGUAAGAAAGCUCAUCGUGUAUCCUUAAAUGUCAAAUGUUCUUGCUUAGUGCUUGGAAAAUUAUUGCUAUAUAUCACUCUUUUAAUACGAAAUUUGUGAGGUGAAUUUCCAAAAUA